UUUUAACCGUAGAUACCAGACUAUAAUCAUGGCUGACAGUACGAAUUUGUGAAACGCGCACGUAGCAGACACAAAAUAAAUUUCAGUUCUGACACAGACAGAUUAAAGAAAUUGACAAUAUUCAACCCUAAAACGACGCGAACCCUCCCAGGCUUUGUGACAAACCAUUUGACACAAUGGAAGGCGGUGGGGGCACCGCCGUGGCCUCGCCACAGUCCAGCCAGGGCUUCUUCCACCGGCCCCGGCUACCGUACCGGGAGAAGAACCAGUUCUACAAGCACCACCACUAUUACAACCGCAUGCUAGGUGAGCAGGGUCCCAACAACGCCACCAACUUUGACGGGAAGCGCAUGCGGAAGAGUAUCACCCGGAAGACGGUGGACUACAACUCGUCGGUCAUCAAGCUGCUGGAGUCUCGUGUUUGGCAAAGGGACUCUCGGGAUGUGCGUUGGAUACAGCCCGACCCGACGUACUCACACGAGCUAUCAUUACCAGAGACAUAUUUGCACAAUCCCAUCAAUGCGGUCACCACUCGAUUUGUCCGAACCUCCACUAACAAGAUCCGCUGCCCAAUCUUCUGCUGUGUCUGGACCCCUGAGGGUCGUAGGCUGGUGACAGGGGCAUCCAGUGGAGAAUUCACCCUCUGGAACGGACUGACCUUCAACUUUGAAACAAUCCUUCAGGCCCACGACUACCCCGUGCGGGCCAUGACCUGGAGCCACAACGACCUCUGGCUGCUGACAGGUGACCACCUGGGCUACAUCAAGUACUGGCAGUCCAACAUGAACAACGUCAAGAUGUACCAGGCUCACAAGGACCAGCCCAUCCGAGGCGCAAGCUUCUCACCGACUGACUCCAAAAUCACAACAUGCGCCGAUGACGGGACAGUCAGGAUCUUUGAUUUUGUACGAUGCUAUGAAGAGCGCGUGCUUAGAGGUCAUGGGGCAGAGGUCAAGUGCGUGGACUGGCACCCACAGAAGGGCCUGGUUGUGUCAGGCAGCAAGGACAGCCAGCAGCCCAUCAAGCUGUGGGACCCCCGCUCCAGCAACCCAUUGGCCACACUCCACGCUCACAAGAGCACCGUCAUGGCCGUCCGUUUCAACCAGAACGGCAACUGGCUCCUGACAGCCUCCCGCGACCAUGUCUGCAAGCUCUUCGACAUCCGCACCAUGAAGGAGAUGUACACAUUCCGGGGCCACAAGAAAGAGGCCACAGCCAUUUCAUGGCAUCCAAUUCACGAGACCAUGUUCGCUAGCGGUGGUUCAGAUGGAUCUCUCCUCUUCUGGGAAGUCGGGAAUGAGAAGGAAGUGGCUAGCGUAGAGACUGCCCACGACAGCAUCGUUUGGAGCCUAGCCUGGCAUCCACUGGGUCACAUCCUAGCUUCGGCAUCCAACGAUCAUACCACAAAAUUCUGGACCAGGAAUCGACCCGGUGACAGAAUGCGAGACCGCUACAACUUGAACAUGUUGCCCAUCGGGACAUCUGAAGAAAUGUUGGAGUUUGAUGAUGAUACCUCAGCAUUGCCCUCCAUCCCAGGCAUGGGACUGGAGCACGGUCUGCCAGAACACCUCAAGAAACCCGAAGAGGGGCUCACGGAGGAUGACAUCUCUCUGGACACCUCCAUCCCUGGCCUGGAGUCUUCAGUGGAAGAGCUUGCCAAGCUCAAGCCUCAGCCCCAGCGCAAGGUGCCCUACGCCAAGCCCAUUCCAGCUGACUUCCAGCGACAAUGGGACAAGACCAAGGCCCCCGGCAUUGCUCCGCAGCAGACAGAGACGUCGCAAGACGAAGAUGCCGGGAAGAAGGAGGCUAAAGACAGCGAAGACGAUGAAGCUAAGAAGAUGGAAAGGAUGGUAAAGAACUCAGGCGUGGCUGUGGCCCAAGCUCAUCAGGCCGUCCUAAAUGCAAUGAAGAAUGCCAAGGAGAAUGGCGGGCAGCUGCCCCUAUCGGGAAUGAUGAUGGGACAGCCUCACCCAGGAGGGCCACCUGUGAUGGGUCCCAUGCCCGGAAUGGGGAUGGAUGGACACUCGGGGAUGGGUGGGCCCGCUGGUAGAGGCAGACCUCCAGGGGGGAGUGGACCUGAAGGGAUGAAUCCAAAUGAGGGUGCAUUUAACCCGGGUCCCCGUGGUAUGCCGGCUCCGAAUCAGCCUGGGACGGGGUCCAAGGGUAAGGCGGGGAUCCCAGCCCUCAUGGGGAUACGCCUGAACGGCCCCAGUUCUAGAGUACCUGGCAAUGGUGGGCCACCAGAAGUGGGUGUGAUGGAUGUACCGCCCCCUAACCUUCCCAAGGAAAUGAUGGAUGCACCUGAGGGUAGGACCUUAGGUCAGGAUUUCUUGCCUCAUUCCCCACCCCUGCCACUCCCCAGUGACAACACAGACUUUCCUACUGCCUCAGGCAAGGACAGAAACCGACGGGAUUUUAGCGACCCAAGAGAUGAGGAUCUCCGUGGGGACAUUGAUCUCCGGCAGGGCUUUACUGACGUGGAUAUGAGGCAACAGUUUCACGACCCACCCCCUCCCAAACGAUUUGACGGGCGAUUUGACCGUGGUGAGAGUCCCCCAGGUGGUUGGGGCAAUAGAAUGCCACCUAGGGAUGGACUACACCAGGACUUUGAUAUGAGACAGCAGAGGGGACCCCAUGGGGGAGCAAGGAUGGGACCCAGGGGGGAUGACCCAAGGGAUCCGCCUUUUGAUGACCUCAGGCACUCAAGAUCUGAGGAUAGACCAGAUCUGGAUGCCCUCCGAAGGCGAGAGGGCUCACCAGGAGGGAGGAGACGGGAAGAUUUCAUGGAUGAGGACUUGCGACAGCCUCCUGGGCGGUUCCUGGGAGGAGGCCCCCCUGGAUCGAGGUCCUGGAGAGGGGGUGAUUCAUCUGAGGAAGAUCCUUUUCGAGGGUUUGACCCUGGCCAGGAUCCUGGGCCAUCAAGAGGCAGCUUCCCAGACAGGGGUGGGUUCGGAUCACAAGAUGAAGAUAUGCGAGGAGGAACUAGGAGUCGAUUUGGCUUGGAUGAGCCAUUCGACCCAGACUUUCGUCCCAAAGGACUGCUGCCACAUCCAGGUGACGAUGGGCCACGAAAGCCCCGCUCACUGCCCCUACUCGGUGACCGUGAUGACAGGGCGAAUUACCCCGACCUUGGGUCCCCACAUGACAGCGGCGACAUGAAAAGAACUUGGAAUGAGGGGCCAGGAGAUGGCCGAGACAUGGACCAACUGGAACCAUUUGGGAACUUUGGAGGUCCGGGUGGCCCAGGCCGCGGACAGGGAAACAUGUGGCGUGGAGGGCGGGGGGACAUAAGGGGAGGGGGCCCAGGCAUGAGAGGCCGGGGAGACCCCAGCAUGAGGGGGAGAGGGGAUCCGGGGAUGAGGGGCAGUCCGUCGGGAUUCCGGGGGCCAUUUCGUGGUGGAAUGGGAAGGGGGGGCAUGGGGAGGGGUGGCAUGGGUCGAGGCGGCCCAGGCUGGUGAGGGAAGAGUUAGGGUCGUCCCGGGGCAUUGGGUCAUUCCAAGGUCUUAAACUUUACAAGAGGUUAUUGACCAUGUCACAAAGUCCACUGAAAUUGGAGGCGCAGGUGUCUAAUACAUGUAUUUAAACUGCUUAUGCACAGUUUUAACAGUUCGACCACAUCCUGCUCUAGAGAUCAUUUAACUUGAGCCAGUGAGGCCCACUCGUUUCAUCAAAGUAUUCAUCAAUAUACAGGGGGGCAUCAAUCCUGUUUAGGGUCAACUUGUCAUACAAGCCCAGCUGAUAUGUGGCGCUUUAAUAACUACAUGUAAAAUGGCAAAAAACUUUGCAUAAGCUUUUAAAGUGGCUGUUACUUUGUAAGAUAAAUCUCCCAUCCAACAAGUUAGUUUUGGCCACAAGGCUUAUUCAUAUUUCCCACUGACCAUCAUUCAUGUGCUAAAAGCAAUUCUUCCCGUCUCUACCUUCCAAGCACAGCUGUCCUAAGCAUGGAUCAGUUUCUGUUGGCAGAUUGGAAAGUUUUGUAUAGUGGCUCUGUUUGAUGGGGGGUUUACUUUGAAAGUCAACAAACCGGUUCAGGGAUGGCCUUUUUAUAUUUCUUCUCUACUGAGAACCUCAGGUAUGGUUUGAGGGCCAUAUGAGGGAAUUGACGGCACUACUCCAAUAUCCCUGGGGAGGGGAUAAAAUGUAAUGGGUAAUUAAGCAUUUUGCUGUGGAUUCAUGGAUAGUGUGAAGCAAGGCGCCAGUGUAAGUUGGUACGUGUAGUCCUCGUACCCUCUGUAUCAAGUGGAGGGGAGUUAUAGUGCUUUAAUCCCUGCCUCCUUUGGCAUCACAAGGAAUGCACUGAAUGUUCAUUCCAUCGUAUAUUCCUCUGUUUUUUUGUGGCAAGGGGGCAGGGUUAAGUGAGUCGAACUUUUUCCAUUCUUUUGUAAAAAGUUUCCGGGGUUUUUAGUUGAAAUUGGCAUUCAUUGCAUCUACCUGGAAAGAAUUCUUCAUUUGAUUUCAAAAUCUCCCCUUUCUGUAUUUGUAAAGUUAGUAUUAAAAUGGAAAAAAAGUACAAAGUGUACAAAAAAAUGAUCAAUUUGUAAAAGUGUACAACUUUCUAAUCAUGGUUAUUUUUUGAGUAGCUGUACAUGUCGUGUUCUGUAUUAAACCGUUACUUGGUUGAUAUCAACGACAAUUAAAAGAAAAAGGUAACUGAUGUUCCUUCAA